CUGCCAAGAAGUACAAACAGUUUUUUAUUUUUUACCGUGGAAGCAAAUUAAGCAAGUGCCUCUUGUGUGGAAUCUGUUAACAGAUUCAGUUGAACGGGGAAUUUCUCUUGAGCACGCUUGAUUCGGGAAAACAAACAUCAUCCAAGGACAAAGUAGUCCAGCUGGAGGUGACUGAAGAGUCCAAUAUUUCCUUCUAGGAAUCAAAACGAAGAUGCACUUCCAAGUGAGGACCCAGAAAAGCACUACAUCUCUGCCUGCAGAAUUGGUAUUUUCCAAAGUAAAGGUAGAGCUGAAAGAAAAUAUGUCUCCCUGUUUACCUUUGCAUGCGUAGAAUGGAAGUGAAUGGAUUGGGAUUCGAAAGCACUACAAAACUAGAUCAAACUUGUUUGAUCUGUGGCCUGAAAAGAGAAGAUUAAAUUCAGUACCAAGAGUUUCCUUCACUCAUUCAUUAUAAAGCUUCAGUGCUAGAUCUCAGCUUAUACUUGCAAUGAGCCUUAGUCCGUGAGUGUGUCUGAUUUCUGCAUUGUUCCCCAACACAACCGGAAUUGACUAUUGCAACAUGAACAAUUUUGCGAAGACGACAUGAAAGGAAUUUAUCCUGAACCAAGCUGAAGUUUCCUGCUGUUCAUGGGAAUUACCAUAAUGUCCAUUGAGCAUGUGAGCUGUUCAGUCAGAGAAGGAUAUAUAAACAACAAUGCAGAGGGGAAGAGGAGUUUCACAAAAUGUGGAGAGAACAAGGGCUCUGUAAAAUAAAGUUUGAAUGUAGAAUCUCAGUUUUUUGUCGUUAACUUUUCUCAAUGGUGAUUCUCCAUCUCAAGCACCUGCCUACUAAUUUUAGGAAAAUUACUGGACAGUUGAGCAUUUUCCUAUGAGCUUCUGCUUCUCUUCUUUUUCUUUUUUUUUUAAUGAAAAUACCCUUGAAACUGCAAGAAAAGUGAAAGGAAGGGGAAAGAACUCUAAAACAGUUUUUGAAAGAGAAGAUUUAUGGAAACUUUCCAUUUGCAAAUAGGCUAUUUUUCCAAAGGUGAAAACAAAAGAAGCAUGUAGUAUGAAGGAAAAAUAUUUCUGUCAGAUCCAAUUGAAAUCUCCAUAUUGGAAACAACUGGUCAACUGUUGCUAAGGUCAUUCCGUCAUUCCUCAAAGAAUUCCACCAAAAGGAAAGGCACCUCUAGGCAAACAUCCUCUAAGAUGUUUAUCUGGACCAGCGGCCGGACCUCCUCAUCUUACAGACACGAUGAAAAAAGAAAUAUUUACCAAAAAAUCAGGGACCACGACCUCCUGGAUAAAAGGAAAACUGUCACUGCUUUGAAAGCUGGAGAAGACCGGGCCAUUCUUCUGGGACUGGCCAUGAUGGUGUGCUCCAUUAUGAUGUACUUUCUCCUGGGAAUCACACUCCUUCGUUCCUACAUGCAAAGUGUGUGGAUUGAAGAGUCUCAGUGCACAUUGCUUAAUGCAUCCAUCACAGAAACAUUUAAUUGCUCAUUUAGCUGUGGUCCAGACUGCUGGAAAAUCUCACAGUACCCUUGCCUGCAGGUCUACGUUAACCUAACUUCUUCUGGGCAAAAACUGCUACUUUACCACACUGAAGAGACGAUGAAAAUCAAUUCAGAGUGCUCCUACAUUCCUAAGUGUGGGAAAAACUUCGAAGAAUCCAUGUCCCUGGUUAACGUUGUCAUGGAAAAUUUCAGGAAGUACCAACGUUUCUCCUGUUUUUCCGACCCAGAAGGGACUCAGAAGAAUGUCAUAUUAACCAAACUGUACAGUUCUAAUGUACUGUUCCAUUCUCUCUUCUGGCCCACCUGCAUGAUGACUGGUGGCGUGGCCAUUGUGGCCAUGGUGAAACUCACUCAAUAUCUUUCCCUUCUCUGUGAAAGGAUCCAACGGAUCAGUAGAUAAAAGCAAAAAUUGAUGACAUUUUCUUUACAGCUCAAACACUGUUUUUCUCAUUCUUCACCAAAGAACCUUAAGUUUGUAACAUGCGAGUUUGCUAUGAGUUCCUAUAUUCUUCUAUGUAGAGCAAUAAUGCAAAAGCUGUUCUAUAUGCAAACAUGAUGGUAUUUAUUAUGCAGAAAAAGAAAACUGUUUUGUGUUGGUGGUUUUUCAUGAUCUUGUUUUUAUGCUGGAAAUGGUAUUUCCUUCUUUCCUUCAGCCAAACCAGGGCUCAGUUCAUCAUUUGCCAAGCUUUGGUAAAGAUGGUAGAAACAUGUGUCAGUGUGGAAUGUUCUGUGUUUGGGAACAUCAGAUAUCUUGAGUACAUUUCUGCAAUAUUUCUCAUUAUCUCAUUGUAUACUAAAGCUGCAGCCAAAAAAAAGUUUCAUUUUUUUACUCCUAACUGAGCUCUUAGCCAGCAAUGAGACCAGAAUACCUUACUGAAGGACAUUAAACAUUCUGCUAACAUAUCAAUGUUAAGGGAAAAGAGAAAAAAAAAAGAAUCCAGCCAACUAUAUAUUUAUAUUUUUUUUUACUCGCACCCACUUCAGAAUUUUUUUACUGGAUCAAACUAUAAAAGAAGCUUUAUAUUAAUUAGUCACAUCAUAACUUCUUGUUAAUCAAAUAGAAAAUGAACAUAACUGCUCUAGUUAAGAUUCUUAAUCAAUGAGGUGAUGACACUAACAAGAUACUACAUCACAAAAUCCAAUCAAAUAAUUAUAUCUUCAAUCCAAUACAGUCUAUGUCAUUGUAAUUUUUGGAUUGGGACUCUUCUCUCUCUGUUUUUUCUUUCAAUUGAGCUGUAAAAUGCCAAUAUGACCUCUGCAAAUUAAGCAGUGCUGGCUGGUUUGAUUUUUGAAUGGGGUCAAAUGUGGCAAACAGUGAUAUUGAUGUUUUAAAAUUGUUAUAUAAGUGAAUUAAUAUGUAGUCUUUCGUAUUGAAUGAGUGUAUUCUAUGGACAUUUUACAAUUGUGUGCACCAAAUAUAUGUUUUCUCUGCAUAUUUUAUUUUUCUAUUUAAUGUCCCCCUUUAUGUUCUAUUUUAUAGGCAGUCUGGUCAUUUUUCUUAACUUGAAUUUAAAGUAAAUAUCAUCCUAUUUAUGUCAUUGAGUAUAAUCAGUCUCUAAUUGAUUUCUCAAACCAAAUAUCUGGCUUUAUUUUUGAAAAAAAAAUCCCAAAAACAAAGAAGAAAAAAAUAACCAAUCUCAUCCACGUACAAGAACCUUUUUGUAAUGUAGCAUCAGAAACUUUCUAGUUCUUACAAGAUUUUACAAAUCACAGAAAUGUGAACAGUAAAAGGAAUCUCAUGAGAUGGAAAUUAAUCUGCAAUAUUGUAUUCCAUAGUAUGACUUUCUUACAAGAAUACAUCCCUACAGUAUAAACAGGGAUCCAAGUGUAUAAUAAAAAAUAAAAAAUGAACUAAAUAA